AUCACAAAUUCAGGAUUUAUUUAAUUUUUUCUUUUUGGACGAGAUGAGGAUUUAUUAAUUACUUUGCGUUUAUAUGGAAAUAAAGGAGGAGUAGAAAAUUAGAAGUAGAUAAUUUUCUCUUUCAUUUCCCCAAUCUUAUAUAACCCCCCUGGCCAGUGUCCGCUCUCUUCUUAUCACAAAACAUAUAACAAGAUCAGAAUAAGAAAAACGCUGCUUGCAGGUAUGUCAUCAUCCGAUAAGCCAGAAUUAGUUGAAAGGGAUGUUAAGGACAAGGUGGAUGACAAAGAAGACAACAGUGGAUUUAUAGACAAGGUCAAGGGUUUCAUUCAUGACAUUGGUGAGAAGAUCGAGGAAACAAUCGGCUUUGGCAAGCCUACUGCAGAUGUAGCUGAGAUUCACCUCCCUUGUAUCAAUCUUGAGAAAGCAGAAAUUGUCGUUGAUGUCCUCAUAAAGAACCCAAACCCUGUUCCAAUCCCCCUCGUCGACAUUGACUACCUCAUUGAAAGUGAUGGUAGAAAACUCCUUUCAGGCUUGAUUCCAGAUGCUGGAACCAUCCAUGCUCAUGGUGAGGAGACUGUCAAAAUACCAGUUACUUUGAUAUAUGAUGAUAUCAAAAGUACAUAUGAUGACAUUAAGCCUGGCAGCAUCAUUCCAUAUAGGCUGAAAGUUGAUCUCAUUGUUGAUGUUCCUGUUUUUGGGAGGUUAACUUUACCUCUUGAGAAAACUGGAGAGAUCCCUAUACCUUACAAGCCGGAUAUCGAUAUGGAGAAGAUACACUUUGAGAGAUUCUCUUGGGAGGAAACUAUAGCAGUUCUUCAUUUGAAAUUGGAGAAUAUGAAUGACUUUGACUUGGGACUCAAUGCCCUUGACUAUGAGGUCUGGCUAUCUGAGGUCAGCAUUGGAUCUGCAGAACUUGAAAAAUCUGCAAAGAUAGGCAAAAACGGAAUCAGUUAUAUUGAGAUUCCUAUCUCUUUCAGGCCUAAGGAUUUCGGAUCUGCUCUGUGGGACAUGAUUAGGGGAAAAGGAACAGGUUACUCUAUGAAAGGUCACAUCAACGUUGACACUCCGUUUGGAGCUAUGAAAUUACCCAUCAGCAAGGAGGGUGGCACAACCCGCCUUAAGAAGAAUAGGGAAGACGGUGGUGAUGAUGAUGAUGAUGAUGAGGAUUAAAGCAAAAGAUCAACAGGGAUGGUCCCCUUGAGCUUCUUUUGUUUUGUUACAGAGUUCAUUGCAAUAAUAUACUAAUGGUGUGUGGAAUUUAAUGUUUAGAUUGUGACGGUAACAUGUACUACAAUUAUGGAAAAGUUGGUACCUAUAAUUAUGCAUAUUAUGUAUUAUGUAUGUAUGCAUGAAUGGGAUGCUGUGACCCUGGUUUUUAUUUUGUCUAGCAGCUCCCCCCCCCCCUCUUAGCGAACCUCUUGAAUUUGCAGUUGAAUAAACUGUUAUUUUGCUUUUAA